CAGGUGCCUUUGAUAUUCAUUUAAACAAUAAUUAAAAAAUGGCAUCAAAAAUCACAUUCUUCUUCCUCUCUGCCCUCGUUAUCGCUUGUGCAAUGAUGAGAUGGGUCUCUUCGAAUCGGUGAAAUCAAUCGAUUGGGAACAAGAAUCGUUCCCAACUUAUCAGGAUUUAGGGUUUUUGCCUCUCUUUGCAGUGUUCUUCCCUACAAUUCGAUUUCUACUUGAUAGAUUCGUCUUCGAGAAAUUGGCAAAUCUUGUGAUCUAUGGAAGGAAGAGUACGAAUAAGAGUGACAACAUAAAAGAGAGGAAGAAAAAUAGUCGAAAAGUUCGAAAAUUUAAAGAAUCAGCUUGGAAGUGUAUUUACUAUCUAUCAGCUGAGCUACUUGCUUUAUCUGUGACUUAUAAUGAACCUUGGUUUUCAAAUACUCUCUACUUUUGGAUUGGUCCUGGAGAUCAGAUUUGGCCUGAUCAACCGAUGAAGAUGAAGUUGAAGUUUUUGUAUAUGUUUGCUGCUGGAUUCUACACGUACUCCAUAUUCGCGUUGGUGUUUUGGGAAACAAGACGGUCUGAUUUCGGAGUUUCGAUGGGUCAUCAUAUCACAACUCUUGUUCUCAUUGUCCUCUCCUAUAUCUGCAGAUUAACUCGUGCUGGUUCUGUUAUUCUUGCACUUCAUGAUGCGAGCGAUGUGUUCCUUGAAAUUGGGAAAAUGUCGAAGUAUUGCGGAGCUGAAAGUCUUGCGAGCAUUUCGUUUGUUCUUUUCGCGUUGUCUUGGGUCGUUCUACGUCUCAUUUACUAUCCUUUUUGGAUCCUGUGGAGCACGAGCUAUCAAAUUAUUAUGACUGUAGACAAAGAAAAGCAUCCUAAUGGACCGAUCUUGUACUAUAUGUUCAACACACUUCUGUAUUUCUUGCUUGUUCUUCAUAUAUUCUGGUGGGUUUUGAUUUACCGGAUGCUCGUGAAACAAGUGCAAGAUCGAGGCAAGCUUAGCGAAGAUGUUAGAUCCGAUUCUGAAAGCGAUGAUGAACACGAGGAUUGAUUGCAGAUUCGGAAUAUUAGUGCCUGCGCGUUGUUUUAUCUCAUGAACCUGAACCACACGGAGACUUUAGAUUUCAACAUGAAGCCAGAUUGAUUGCAGUAUGUUUUGCUAGAAUUUUUAACAGUUGGUUCAUCAUCUUCCAGAGGAUUGUAACCGGAAUGAAUCGGUUUCUCAAUC